GAACUUUCAGUGACUACUAUCUUCGCAUUGGAUGAAAUCCUUAAAAUGUCCCUUGCUUUUUCUGUUCAAGCGGCCGAUUGCGGGGCUGUCGCGGGACGAACCUUCUGCUGCAACUCCGCUCUGGCAGAACCCCCUCUUCUCCCCUAUGCCUUACAAUCAGCAAACAAUCCACCUUCGAGCCUCACUCUCUCCUUAAUACUCGCAUGGAACCGCCGGCAUGCUGCAGUCCUGUUCGCAGAAUGGCGCCAAGACCCUGCGGUUGACGAUGGGAGCUCGGUGUAGGCCAAUUCAGCUGUACUACUGCGUUCAAGCACGACAAGUCCACAAUACUCCCCCAUGGAGACCAGCCACUACCCUGGAUGAAUGGGUAGGAAAGGAAGCCAGGCCGAUAAGUCUCAGACAGCUCAUGGUCUUUGGCCGUUCUUUGACGGAAGCUCGAUUGAUAAGCUCUGCGAAUUAUGUGAGGACAGAGCUGCCAACGAGGUUGGCACAUCGAAUUCGAGACAUGCAAACUCUGCCCUACGUAGUUGUGACCAAUCCCCACAUAAGUCAAGUCUACGAGCUAUAUUAUAAGGCAUUUGAGAGCCUACGGAAGGUGCGGGAGAUUAAAACAUUGGAGGACAAUGAGAAGUUCUGCAAAAAGAUCAGCCAGACUCUACAGGAACAUCUGACUGUGAUUCCCAAGCUGUCAAUGGGAGUGAUAGAAUGCUGGGACCUGAUGAAGCCAGAAGAUAUGGACAAGUUCAUGAAUACGAUUCUACGCUCUCGUAUCUCCCGCCGAGUCAUAGCAGAGCAGCAUCUCGCCCUGACCGAAACCUUCAAUUCUCCCUGGCACUUCCCUGAUUCGCCCAAUGCUUCAAACACGGGCACCGAGUUCGUCGGUGAAGUCUUCCUGAAAUGUAACGCUGGCGAGGUCGUAAACCGGUGUUACAACACAAUCCUCUCCCUCAGUUCCGCCACCUACGGUGCCACAACUCCUCUGCCCGCCCUCAAACUCUCCGGCCACCUUGACGCAACAUUUCCCUACAUCCUCUCACACCUCGAAUAUAUAAUCGGCGAGCUUUUACGAAACAGCAUCCAAGCUGUGGUGGAGCGGCAGAAAUCCUCGCCUCGAGGAUGGGAGGAGACACCUCCGGCCAUUGAAGUCACAGUCUGCGAGGCCCCACAACAUGUUAUAAUACGAGUCAGCGACCAAGGCGGUGGAAUACCUCAUGACACACUGCAGUAUCUCUGGUCAUUUAGCAAAGGGCCUCGGUCCUCACAAAGGCUGGAGAAUCUGACGCAAGUUCCCAAGAUGGCUGCCACAUUACAAGAAUUACGGGUUUCGUCCGAUAUCCCGACAUCACUCCACCCGCCGUCUGAGCCGCAUGAAAAAUCUGAGCACAGUGGAGCAGGACAUGACAGCUCUUUAUCAAGUCUUAGUAGCAGGCCACCGAAUCUACGGCUAGGGAUGGGUCUGCCAUUGAGUAGAGUGUAUGCAGAGUACUGGGCUGGAAGUCUGGAGCUACAUAGUCUCGAGGGAUAUGGCGUUGAUGCAUUUCUGCAGAUCAGUAAACUGGGGAAUAAGAACGAGCAGUUAACAAUGCGUGCCAGUAUGGACGCAGUAUAGAGAUGAGCAUACCCAUUUCAAUAUAGAGAUGAGCAUACCCAUUUCAAUAUAGGAUUGGAAACCACAUGUCACGAUAACAGCAAGUAUAGAGAAGCAUGAAUUACAUUCGGCUAAAGCUAGUUAAGAAACAAGUCUCAGUCCCAGAAGCACCUAAGAGCAUAAUUAAGCAGCUCCUC